AUGUUUGUAUUUUGUGUUUGUGUUAAAAACGUUAAAGCUAUAAAUCAUUGUUUUAAGAAAUCCUAUCUUCAUAUAGGAAGGAAACUGAUUAUGUCACAUUCAAACGAUUGGAAAGGUGCACCAUUGUCAAUGAUCUAUGGAUCAGAAACACCAUGGGGUGCCCCAGAAUUUCCACCGGUACAACCAGGACACAACCAUGCCGUUUUGUAUCAUAUCCCAAGUAAUGGUGUCUUGGCGGAGGAUAGACCUCCGAAACCACAAAUAGGCCAAGAUAGAUGGGAUCAACAUCAUGUGAGGCUGCCCUGUUCUAAACAAAGUCUGUAUCCUGUACCAGAUAACAAAGGUGGGUCACGGUUAAGGAAAAGAUGGGCUAUAAUAGAAAAUGCCUUGAAGAGACCAAUACAAAACAGUGAAGAGUUGGCAAAUGCCAUAUUGGCUUAUAACACGAAGUUCAAAAGUAGGUGGAAAUUCAGAGCUCUCCAUAGGUUAUUUAAUGAGUGCUUAGAAGAAGAUGAAUCACAAUAUUUCUUCAAUGUAACACUACCUGAUAUAAUCAAGUUAGCACUGGAUUUGCCAACAUUGGUUCAAGCGCCAAUACCAUUGCUCAAGCAACACAAAAACAUUUCUGUGUCACUGUCACAGCAACAAAUUGCAAGCCUCUUAGCAAAUGCAUUCUUUUGCACAUUUCCCAGGAGGAAUAGCAUGAAGCAGGAUUCUGAAUAUGCAUCAUACCCUUUUAUAAAUUUUAAUUCAUUGUAUGAAGCAUCGCCAUCAGAUGAUGUGAUAGAGAAGCUCAAAUGUAUAUGUCAUUAUUUCAGAAGAGUUUGCACUAAAGUGCCAGUCGGCGUAGUGACGUUCACUCGCCGUUCAGUACCGCCGAGGAGCCUUCCGCAGUGGGCAGAAUCGACGCUGCCAAUAGCGACGUUACCACUGCAUGUUGACUCUAACAACACUAUUGAAGAAGCCGAUGGACUCAUACAACUAGAUUUCGCUAACAAAUACUUAGGAGGCGGCGUGCUUGGACACGGCUGCGUGCAAGAAGAGAUUCGGUUCGUGAUAUGUCCAGAACUGAUGGUGUCCAUGCUUUUUACCGAAGUUCUAAGACCAAAUGAGGCGGUUAUGAUAAUUGGCGGCGAGCGCUACAGCCGCUACGUGGGCUACGGGCACACUUUCGAGUGGGCGGGCGAGUGGCGUGACACCGCGCCGCGCGACUGCAGCGGGCGGCGCCGCGUCGCGUUGCUGGCGCUCGACGCGCUGCAGAACGGCGAACAGCGCGAGUGCAGCCCGCAAGGGCUUGCGCGCGACCUCAACAAGGCAUGGGUAGGCUUUUCUUUUAACACCGAUAGUGAGAACGAAGGAAUGAAUUUCCCCGGAAUCGCCACGGGAAAUUGGGGAUGUGGUGCUUUCGGAGGUACCCCCCAGCUGAAGUCCCUCUUGCAAAUUAUGGCUUGUGCGCAGUCAAGAAGGCCAAUAGCCUAUUACACUUUCAAAGACAGCAAGUUGCGAGAUGAAAUUAUAAACAUCUACAGUCAGCUAGUGAAACACAAUGUUACUGUUGGUCAACUGUACAAACUUCUGGUACAGUUCUGCAAUGAGAACCUUCCCAGUUCCUGCUUGAAUUCAUUCCUAUUGCAAAUGCUAAAAGAUGAUGCAUCGUCAACCACAUUGAAAAUGGAAUCUACAAAUACUGAGGCUGCGGAAUGCUUAAAAAUAACAGAUAUGUUGGAAAACGAAUUACUGGAUUCGCCGGACGUGUUUUCAGUCGAUAUUACCAUGGAUGAAGAUAACAAUUCGAAAGAGCAUUUGGAUUCUUCAAAUAAAAAUUUUGAGCAAAAGGAACAAACGCAGGACAAGAUGGCGGAGGAUAACAAAAUGGCUGACACUAACCUUACAGAGCAGUCGAACCAAACGUCACGUUUAUUCCAAGAGAUGGAAAAACUCGAUGAAGGCAAUGGAAGCUUAAAUUUAAACAGUGCUCAUUCAUUAUCUUUCGGGUUUAUGGCCGAGACGAAUUGUAGUGACGGAGCAAUGGACGCUGAUAAAAUACAAAUGGAUAUGUCAGAAGGAGUCAAAAAGAUAAUCAGUAGAAAAAUAACUGAUUAUUUUUCAAAGAAACUCAUUUGA